AUGGAGGUCCAGCUACCAAGCACCCAGAGCGUCGAAGCGCGUCUCAGCCGUCCCCUGGGAAGAGGACCAAGGAAGACGACGCCGCCGGUCGCCGCCAGGGGUCAGGAUGGCUCUGCCGUUCCUCUAGCUGCUCCCGAGGGUCUCGCGGCUGGGGCAACGACGGUGGCGGCAGCCUUGGCCAUUCGCUCUAAAGUGCGCCGGCGGGCGCACGGAGCCAAGUCCGGGCGCCACUUUGUCGCAGCAGCCGCCACACCGGGCACCGUGUCGGCACCUACGGCCUUGCAGGGACCGCAUCGAGCAGAGGAAGAUGGCGAGGCGAAGGUCACUGCAUCCUUGGGCGAGAAGUGGCAGAUGCACGAAGAGCUGAUGGACAAAGGCUUUGCCAGGCUCUCCGAGGUGCAAGCGAGCGGUUUGUUGGAUCAGUGCAUCAGGAUCUCCGAGCGCGUGCUCGGCAAGGUCAUGGAGAGUGCCGACUGGAAGUAUCGUCAACUGGACAUGGAGAAGCCCAAGGUGGCCGGCAUUCUGGCGACCCCAGGCAUCCUCGAAAUCUUCCACGGUGCAGGUUGGAUGGAGGAAGGUGAUUGGCUGGUGCUGCCAGAAGGCACUCCUUUCGAGCUUGCGCAGCGUGCCGUUGACGGUUUGCAGAGAGAGCAACGGCGUCGUGCCACUGUCCAAAGCACAGCUGAGAAUCCCAAUGAGCGCCGUUUCAACCCCUGGGAUGGAAAGGUAUACACCUUCAAGGAGCUGGAGAAGUGCCUGGAGAGAGCAGACUUGACCUUGGCAGAGAUCCAGGAGCAUUGGGCCCAUCGAUGCCGGCCCAUUGCGCAGAAGGAAGGCGCUGCAAUUGGUGGGCCGGAGGUCCCUGUGGCAUCUGAGCCGCAGGUGGAGGCCUGGCAGCAGAUGUGGAAGAUCCAAUCCAUCAAUCGCAUGUGGACAUCUGCAGAUGUGGCACACGUGCAUGCCAUCAGCGGCGCCAUCUAUUUUGCCUUAGGCGCGGGAGUGUUGCUCUACACCUGCGCGACCGAUAUCAUGACAAUCAAUGGGAACAGCUGGGCAUUGACCUCGGAGUUAGAUGUCACAUGGAUGAGCGGCUGUCAGAGCUUCUCCGAGUUGUGCUGGAGUUUGCAGCGCGGGCUGAUGUCUUCCUCGGCGCCCACGCUUCCCAUGGAGGUCAAGUUGUUGGCCCUCUUUGCUGGUGUCCUGAACGCCCUCAGCGGUCUCCAGCCAAGCCUUCUCGGAUCGCGCAGCGAUGUGCUGAAGAUUUUGGGCUUCGGGAGCAGAGGCGACGUGAAGACCGGCGGCUUCUUGAACGCCGCCGCCUUCUACCUGGUGCUGGCGUAUCAGACGGCGAGGGCCGUGUGGCCGGAGCUGGCGAUCGCGGACCCCCUUGUCGGAGGGCUCACGCUGCUGCUCGUGGCCCAUCAGGCCUUCAUCCUGAAUUGCUGGGUGCAAAGUGGCCACAUGCACCGAGUGGAUGCUUUUCUGGUUCCUGGCAUCUUCAAUCUUCCUGUGACUUUGCAUCUUCUGGCCGGCAGCCAGGCGUGGUGGGAGGAGCUCUGCAAUCGAUUUGAUGCUUGGCCGGAGUUCUUCUUUUCCGGCAACUUUGCAGUCGCAUGGGCUUGCGCUAUGGUGACGCUGGUGCUGUCUCUGUACGAAAGGAGAGUCAUCAGCUUGGAGCUACGUGGUCUCUUGAUGCUGAGCUUCCCAGCGGUGGUCUUCCUCACGGUCUUUCUCCGUGCCCUGGCGUUGUUGCCCCAAGGGCUGGACGAGAACCUCUGGCUCCUGCUGACGCUGAACCCCUAA